UUCAUACAUUUGCUCUUAGUAAAUGUUUUAAAAACAUGACCAAGCAUGAGUUCUAUUUAAUCACUUUUUAUACCGUUGACACAUGGUGUCCACUACAUUGGUCAGAUAUGUAAUUCCAUAUAUAUUGGGGAAAAAAGUUAUUGGAAUGAUUUUUCACUUGUUUAAAAGUAAAAACAAACAUUAAAAAAAAAAAAUUACUUUGUGAUUUAAUAAUUCAUGCAUGAAAGGGUUAAACCAUAAACACAUGCUGUCCACUUGAGUGGGAAUCUGGAAAUCUCUUUGAAAAAAAUGUGUGAAAAAAAAAAAAAAACAUUUCAAAUCUUGUUUUUCAUGCUCCAAGAGCAAUAAAAACACACAGGAAAAAAAAAAAAAAUCCUGACUGAGGUUAUCAUAAUUCAUGCAUGAAAUGGUUAUAUUAUAUUAUAGCCUAUUAUAUACCCCAAACACUACUUUAGGUCUGUGGCAUUUUAAAUUGAGGGUCUCUUUAAAGAUGGUCCAGCCCCUCCAUCACAUUCUCGUAUGGUCAUAGUGGAAGUGAGUUCAUGUGGUUAGUUUCUCUUCACACAUCUGUCGGAACCGCCCGCUCGAGAUCAGCGCAACUUCUUUCCGAUAAUGGACAUUUUUCUCAGCGAGAAGAUUGUCAACCUUUGCCAGGACAGCUGGAAACAGCACUGCGCACGUUCUGCUUUCUGAAUACUGCAUUAUAAAGAAGACUUUGACCGUUCCCAUAAUGGAGCUAUAUUGUGUCUGCUCGAGGACUUUCUCCGUGUAAUCUUAGAGAUGUCAUUGUGAGGAGAGACUAUGUGUUCUUCAGGAUGGGUGCGAACAAUGGCAAACAGUAUGGAAGUGAAGGCAAGGGUAGUUCCAGUCUCUCCUCCGAUGUGAGCUCCAGCACUGAUCAUACACCCACCAAAGCUCCCAAGAAUGUGGCAACCAGUGAAGAUUCAGACCUGAGCAUGAGGACGCUUAGUACUCCCAGUCCCGCCCUCAUUCUGAACCCAAACCCUUCCUGUGUCUCCCCUCAAACAGUCCCCAACGGCCAUGAAACGUCUUCCACUUCCUUUAACGUCCCAGGGGAAACAGUCGCUAUGGUUCACCCACCUCCAGGCACUCGCUCACGGCCUUCAAAAGUCCCUCACACCGCUCUCAUUGAUAUCCUGCCCGAUCCUGUUUUACUGCACAUCCUGUCUUACCUGUCCACCCCUCAGCUGUGCCGCUGCGCUCGAGUGUGUCGCCGCUGGUAUAACCUGGCCUGGGACCCACGGCUCUGGAGUAGCAUUCGUCUAACUGGAGAGCUGCUGAACGCUGACCGGGCCCUCAAAGUGCUCACCCAUCGGUUAUGUCAGGACACUCCCAAUGUCUGUCUGACCCUGGAGACGGUCGUAGCCAGUGGCUGCCGGAGGCUGUCUGAUCGCGGGCUACGUGUGAUAGCACAGUGCUGUCCAGAACUGCGGUGUUUGGAGGUUGCAGGCUGCUAUAAUGUGUCCAAUGAUGCAGUGUUUGAUGUGGUAUCCAAGUGUCCCAAUCUGGAGCAUUUAGACGUAUCAGGCUGCCCUAAAGUGACCUGUAUCAGCCUGACAGAGGAGGCGUCUCUCCAGCUUACACCUCUACAUGGACAGCAGAUUGGCCUGCGUUACCUGGACAUGACGGACUGUGUAUCACUGAAGGAUGAAGGCUUAAGGACCAUUGCAUUUCAUUGUCCGCGUCUCACACACCUCUACCUGCGGCGCUGCAGCCGCCUAACAGAUGAGUCCCUGAGACAACUAGCACUGCGCUGCACCGCUUUACGUGAGCUUAGCCUCAGCGAUUGCCAUCUGGUGGGAGACUUUGGCUUGCGUGAAGUGGCUCGUCUGGAGGGCCGCCUACGCUAUCUAAGUGUAGCACAUUGUUUGCGCAUAACAGAUGUUGGACUACGUUAUGUAGCACGCUACUGUCCGCGGCUCCGCUACCUGAAUGCACGUGGCUGCGAGGGGCUAACGGACCAGGGUUUGAGCCAUUUAGCUCGUAACUGCCCCCGACUGCGGUCUGUUGAUGUUGGUCGCUGCCCGUUGGUGUCGGACGCUGGGCUGGAAGUGUUAGCACGCUGUUGUGAAGGGCUACGAAGGCUGAGUUUGAGGGGCUGCGAGAGUUUGACAGGGAGAGGGCUAAUGGCGCUAGCAGCGGGUUGCCCCGAGCUGCAAUUACUAAACGUACAAGAGUGUGAUGUGCCACCUGAGGCGCUUCGACUAGUCCGACAGCACUGCAGACGCUGUGUGAUCGAGCACACCAUACCUGCUUUCUACUGAGGGGACAGGUUGGGGGUGUUGACCUCUGAAAAACAGAUGUUUAUAUUUUGUGCAUUCCUACGACUGCCUGAAAAGAUGCAACAUGGUGGAUGUGUCUCAAAACCUAGUUCAGGGGUGCUCAGUCCUGCUCUUGGAGGGCCACUGUCCUGCAGAGUUUAGCUCAAAGACCUUCAUUGGCUGGUUCAAGUGUGUUUGAUUGAGGAUGAAGCUAAAAUUUGCAGGGCAGGAUUGGACACCCUUGACCUAGUGAGUCAAUUUGAUGUCUAUUGCAGUGUUUCUCUACCCUGUUCCUGGAGGCACACCAACAGUAUUCAUUUAGGAUGUCUCCCUUAUUUGACCCAUCCAUUUCAAGUUUAGGAGUCUCUACUAAUGAGCUGAUGAGUUAAAUCAGGUGUGUUUGAUUAGGAAGAGUUUGAAAAUGUAUACUGUGUCUCCAGGAACAGGCUUGGGAAACACUGGUUUCUGCAUACUGCAGGGGUUCCCAAACUCUGGCCCUCGAGAGACACUUUCCUGCAGAGUUUAGCUCCAACUCUAAUCAAACACACCGGAACAAGCUAAUCAAGUGCUGUGUAUGAAAUCACCCCCUAUACCCUUAAAUAGGGCACUAUUUGAGGGGACAGCCAUUUGUAGGGCUGUCCGAAACCAUAGUGGACAAUAUCGAGUGCACCCAUUCAAUCCCACAAUGCACCGCAAUAACGAGUGCACAACUGAUGUAUGCUUAACGGCUAGAGAACACCCAUAAUGCACUGUGAGAGUCACGUGCCGAAUGAAUUUCCGCGUCUCGACAGAAGAUGGCACCCACAGCUGAAUAAUUCAUCCAUCCAUUGUCUAAACUGUGCUGAUCCAAUGUGGCUACAGCGAAAUAUCAUACAGAUACAAAUUAAUUUUUAAGUGAUUAUUAAAUUGUUUAAGGUUUAUACGUAGUUUCCAUGAUAAAUAUUUUCAUCUUACUACUGGAGCUGCCAUUUUUCUAAGUUUCAAAAUAUUAUUAAACAGUAAGCACAAACUGUGCAAAAGCAGCAGCCCUUCCAGCACACUCAGUGAAUGAAUUCAGUCACUCGUUUUAAUUCACUCCUUCAAGUGGACUCUAUUAGUGGACUGAUGUAGGGAAUAGUGAAUGAAGGUAUAAGGGGCAAUUUCGAACACAGCAAAGGUCAGCAAAGGUUGGAGCUAAACUCUGCAGGAAAGUGGACCUCGAGGGCCAGAGUUCAAAACCCCUGGCCUGGGGCCUGCUCCUGGAGGGACACUGUCCUGCAGAGUUUAUAUCCAGUGUACCUGCCUGGACGCUUCUAGUGAUCCUAAAAACCUUGAUUAGCUUGUUCAGAUAUGUUUAAUUCAGGUUAGAGCUAAACUCUGCUUUAAGGUGGCCCUCCAGGAGCAGGACUGGACACCCUUGACCUAAUGAGUCGAUUCGCUGUCUACUGUAGUAUUUCCCAACUUUGUUCCUGGAGGUACACAAACAGUAUUCAUCUUGGAUGUCCCCCUUAUCUGACCCAUUCAUUUCAGGCUUAGGAGUCUCUCCUAAUGAGCUGAUGAGUUGAAUCGGGUGUGUUUAAAAAAACAAAAAUGAACAGGAUUGGGAAACACUAGUCUCCUGCCUACUGCAACUCUGGGGCAACUCAGGGGUGUUGAAUCCUGCUCCUAUAGAGUUUAGCUCCAACACACCUGUCUGGAAGUUUGUAGUAAUUGUAGAGACCUUGAUUAGCUUGUUCAAAUGUGUUUAAUUUGGGUUGGAGCUAAACUCUUUUGGAGGGUGGCCCUCCAGCAGCAGAAUUGGACACCCUUGACAUAAUGAGUCGACUUGCUGUCUACUGGAAUUCUGGGGCAACUCAAGGGGGGUCAAAUCCCAUUCCUGGAGGGCUAUCUUCCUGCAGACCUAAUUAAACACAUCUGAACCAGAUCUUCAGGAUUACUGGGAACUUCUGGGCAAGCGUGUUGGAGCAGUUUGGAACUAAACUGCAGGAUGGAGGCCUUCGGAGACGGCAUUAGUUUUGACAUUAACAUCUUAACAUCUUAAGCGCAACCUUGUAACUGAUUUGAGACGGCCUUUAUAAACAACAACAUCAGUAAUAGUUAUGUGUCAAGCAAAUAAUGCUCUGCACAUUAGACUCACAAUUUUGACAUUCAAAGGCAGUUCCUUUUUGAGGUUUUGAGAUACAUCUGGUGAGUCAUGUUGCUUCUUACAGAGCUGUACCAUGUUCUUGUCAAUUAAAAAACUAUAUGACAUAUAUCAUAAUAUUUAUCACAUGAAAAAGAUGGGUUAUUGUUACUGUACAACAGUAAGCUUUCCUAGGUGUCUGAAAGAUGUUUGUUUAGGUUGAUUUAUGUUUUGAUUUCUACAAAAGCUCUUUAGCUGGUUGUCUAUGUCUAGAGUUUGUCCAUUACAUGAUUACAUUUAAAACAUUUGAACUUUGAAUGAUAUACUGGUUGCUUUUUUUCCACAGAAAUAAGAAAAGAGGCUUUCGCACCGGGUAGUUCUAGGAACUAGCCACCAGGGUGAUUCCCAGGAACUAAAAGUUCCCCUAGGGUCAUUUUCCUGGCCGCAUUCGCACCGCCAGUAGGAACUAUGCAGUGACGUAAGCUGUGCUUGUUGUUGUUUUGACUUUUAUUUGGACUGCGUGGUGGACCUUUAUUUUGACGGCGCUGAGAACACCAAAGCCUGAGCACACGGCGCUCACAUUCUCCGUCUUCAUUAGUUUAUGAUUUGUUUAACAACCUGUCUAAUAUGUUAUUAGAGCUGUUAUACAAAGAAAGACAGAAUAUGAAAAAGUAUUAGCGUUUGCCGUGUGGUUGAUGUCCAGUGUCACUACCUGAGCAGAAAUACAUAAUCAUGUUUCGCCUGGUCCAAAGUUGCGUUGGAUUUUCUCCUUAACUUGAGAGGUCCAUCUAUCAUUGUUUUUCAUGUUUGUAGAGAUAGUCUGUGGAGUAAAAAUA